AUAUUACUCACUUGGAAGCCGUUUUAUAUUUUCUUUUCUUUCACAUACCCUUUUUUCUCAAAAUGUCUGUUCUUGAACAACUCAAACAAUUCACGACUAUUGUUGCUGACACUGGUGACUUUGAAUCUAUCGAUCAAUAUAAACCUCAAGAUGCUACCACUAACCCUUCUUUAAUCUUGGCUGCUACUCAAAAGGAACAAUAUGCACGCUUGAUGGAUCAAGCUAUCGAAUAUGCUAAGGCUAAGGGCGGUUCUGAUGAAGAAAAGGUUGGUUUGGCCAUGGAUAAGCUUUUGGUCAACUUUGGUACCGAAAUCUUAAAGAUCGUUCCUGGCCGUGUCUCUACCGAAGUCGAUGCUCGUCUGUCUUUCGACGUUGAAGGUACAGUCAACAAGGCUAUUGCCCUUAUCAAGUUGUAUGAAGAGAAUGGUAUCAGCAAAGAUCGUAUUUUGAUCAAGAUUGCUUCUACCUGGGAAGGUAUCCAAGCUGCCCACAUUCUCGAAACCAAGCACAACAUUCACUGUAACUUGACCUUAUUGUUUGGUUUUGCUCAAGCUGUUGCCUGUGCUGAAGCCGGCGUCACUCUUAUCUCUCCCUUCGUCGGACGUAUCUUGGAUUGGUACAAGAAGAGUACUGGCGAGAAUUAUACUGGUUCUGAAGACCCUGGUGUCCAGUCUGUCACCAAGAUUUACAACUACUAUAAGAAGUUUGGUUACAAGACCAUCGUGAUGGGCGCCUCUUUCCGUAACACAGGUGAAAUUGAGGAAUUGGCCGGUUGCGACUUCUUGACUAUCUCACCUGCUCUUUUGGCUGAAUUGAAGAAGGCCGAUAAGAAGAUUGAACGCAAGUUAAGCCCUGAAAAUGCUCAAGCUGCUUCUCUCGAAAAAGUCACUUUCUUCAACAACGAAAAGGCCUUCCGUUGGGAAAUGAACCAAGAUGCCAUGGCUUCUGAAAAGUUGGGUGAAGGUAUUCGUAACUUUGCAAAGGAUGGUAUUAAACUUGAAAAUACCUUGAGAGAAAAGCUCAACUUGUAAAUAUCCCCAAAAAAUCAUACUUUCCCCCACCAUUCUAAAAGUUUAAAAAGGUAAUGCUUUUCCUUUAAAGAAGAGGUUAUUUUGUAUGUCCAAUAAAACUACGUUGAAAUGUUUAGCCAUUUGACCUUCAUGUCAUGAUUAUGUAAUAUAAUUGAAAGCCAAUUCAUGUCAACAUACGGGAUGUUUCAUAGGCCACUUUUCAUAGGCUACUUUGGUCCUUUUUGAAACCCGAGGAUAAUUGCAAGGUACCUGAAGGGCAUGAUUGUGUCCCCCCUGCAAUCCUAUUUAAAUAUUACCUUUUCUAUUAAAAAUAACAAUAAGACAGGUAGACAAUAG